CACUUAAGACAAAAGAAGAAUCAUGUUUAUGCAAUGGAAAUGUUUUUGCACAAUUAAGAUUCUGGAUGGUCACAAUAUCAGUUUACAGAAGAGGAAGUGAAUUGCUCAAAGUAAGCGUGCACCUUGAUUGUGUUGUAACCAUUGAGAACUGACUGUUCAUGUGCUUUUACAAGAAACUUAAACCUGGAAAAAAUGGUUAGCUCUCCACAGAAGCAACUGCCUGUACCAGAUCACUUAUAAAGGGCAAAACCAAAACUAAUUAUUUCAGAUCUCAAUCCAGUAUAUUAUCUAGGUGGUUUUGUAUAUACAAAAAAUGUAAGCCUGGUGGUUAGAAUGCAGUAUUUCAGGCAAACCUGUAAAGCACUAUGAACAGAGGUGGGUUGCUCCUGGUCCAAAUAUUCCUCUGUGUGAUUCCUAUCAGCCAACUUGAAUGGUCUGCCCACGAUUAAUACUAUUAAUAAUUUAUUAAAUUUAUUUGUCACCCAACUCUUAGCGACUCUUGCUGCUGUUUUUUCAACCAGAGAUACAUGAUCUGGCCUUCCCUCUUACUACACCUGCACUUCACUUUGUACUUCCUCUUGAGACAUCAAUUAACAAAUAAUUAUAUCAAUUAUUUUUGUUGUCUUUGUAAUGUGUUUCCACAACAGUUAAGAAGGAACUCAGAAGAGGCCUAGAAACAUAAGCAAGCUGAUAAAAAAAUGUCAAAUAAAAGCAAGGUUUAAGAGAAUGAAAUGAAAGACUUGGGGUUUUGGGAGGUUUUUGGUAGAAGGAAAAUGGACCUCAUCACAUCACUAGAAUAUCAUACUGGAGUUGGGACUGUGAGACUGUGAGACAGAACGUCAAGAAAUCAACAUAGAAAGAAUAAUUUUAUUUACUUCAUUUAUUUAUUUAUUUAUUUAUUUAUUGGACAGUCACGACCUUGUCUCCUGUGGCCCAUUCCAUCAGGUCCAGCUGGAGAGGCACACUCUAUGUCUAGGAAAUGCUGUCUGAUGGGGUCCAGGAGGAGAACAUUUUCUGUUAUGGCUCCCACCCUAUGGACCAUCAUCACAUCAAGAUCAUAGUAGUCCUGAUCCUGCUAGCAUUUCAUAAAGCCCUUAAAACAUGUUUUUGUCAAUGGGAAUCUGGGAGUGUGAGGAUGUAUAGUGGAUACACUGACUACAUAGAGGGAUGUGUUCACUUUAGAAGUAAAUUUAGAAUUUUCUGAUAGCACAUAUCAGUUAGCAUUUAGCACUUAGUCUUAUAUACCGCUUCACAGUGCUUUGAUAGCCUUCUCUCAGUGGUUUGCAAAGUCAGCAUAUAAUCCCCAAUAAUCUGGGUCUUCAUUUUACCCUCCUCAGAAGGAUGGAAGGCUGAGUCAACCUUGAGCCUGGUGAGAUUUGAACUGCUGAACUGAAGUAGCCUGCAGUUCUACACUCUAACCAUUACACCAUCUCGUCUCUUAUUUUACAGGAUUUUAUGGUUGAUGUUGUUUUGAUUGUGUGAUCUAUUUUAUUGUUUUGCUACUUUCAUAUUUUUUACCUAUUUGUCACCCACCCUUUAACAUAACAUAUACACAUACACAUAUACACAUACACUUACAGAAAUAAUAUAUAUAUAUAUUGAACAUGUCAAGUGGUGGAAACAUUAAAAAAAUGGAUGAGUUUGAUUGUGCAGUUCUACCUGCUAUCUUCCCAUUUUUUUAACUCCAUGAGCUUAAAAUCAUUGCAAAUGGGCAUUAUUCUAAAGGUCAUAAAAAUGAUUAAUAUACUAUGUUUGAUCAGAUUUAUUCUAUUUUUAAUAAAAUGGAUUUUCGUUGGCCCACCUGCCUUGUUCUAUUCAGCCUAAUACUGCUCUUCUAAUCAGAGAAAUUUCUGUUAUUAUGUCUUCUAAAAAACAAUUCAGACUGAUAAUAUGUUUGUGUCUCAGGAAUAUUGGCAUUCCUAACAUAGUUUCAUUGGUAAUUUUUCAUUUUUAAUAGACUUCCAAGCAGGAAUGACAAUCUGCACAAAGUAAACUAUGUGGAACUGAUUCAAGACUAUAGAAACACGAGACAUGAUCUUUUUGUAGAAAAGCCAAUCUAGUUUCAGAAAAAUUGGAUCCUAAUCUGUGAAUCAUAAAGGAAGGAUUACUCCUUUGGACUUCAUCCCACAAUUGGAUCUUCCAGGAGUACGGGUCAUAGCACUCCCUAAAAACCUCCCCUUUAGAACUACAAGAGAGGGCUCAGAUGAUACAUUGGAGACUCCAAGCCAAUUGAUAUGAUACAUUUUGAACAUACAGCACUAGAAACUUGUCACGCAUAGUUUAUCUCUUUGGUUAAAGCUGGUCUUCACAUAGGGGGGAUUGGGGGUUCUAAAAUGAGAAGAAAAUGGAAGGGUAACUUUGGAGUCUAAGAAUUGGCUCCCGAGACAAUAAAAAGAUCUGAACGGUUCUAAUCAAGUUACUUCGUAACUGCUACAUGUCUGUUAAAUCUGGUUGCCAUACACUUCUUGCAUUCUGGGCUAAUUGUGCAAAAGGAAGUUUACAAACUGACCAGUUUGCUACAGACUUCAGCAAUAGCCAACUCCACAUCCAAUUGCGUGCGGAAGGAUAGAUUUCAUCACCAAAGUAGUCAGGGUGUGCAUAUAUAGCCUGGAAGGGCAGCGGAAAGCUAUGAGGCCUCACCUUCAGCAUCAACUGCUCCAGAGAGUCCUACUUCAACCAAAUUCAGCGAGGAAUCAUGAAGCCAGGAAGCUUUCUGCUGCUCACUCUGCUGCUCUUCUUCUUGUACUCCAACAUUGCUGCCCAAAAAAUCAAUGAGAAGGAGUAUUGUAAGAAGUAUUCUGUACCAUCGAAUUUCUGCACCUUGGAGUAUAACCCCCAUUGUGCUUCUAAUGGCAAAACCUAUGGCAACAAAUGUGGCUUCUGCAAUGGGUAUAUUAAAAGUGGUAGAAAACUUCGGCUGAGAUAUCUUGGAAAAUGUGUAAAAUUUGAAGAUGCAGAAGAUUAAAGAACAUUUACCAGAGAAUAUCCCACAAUCUUGAUACCUUGUUAAUUAACAACCCCAUGAAAACAUCUGUGCUUCCCUCUUCUUCUGCUAUGUUGCUCUAUUAAAUGUCUUAAUCUGAUUUAUCAAUAAAAAAUCCAAAGCAUUAUAUCUCUAUGAAUCUUCUUUUUAAACCAAUAUAUGUGCCUCCUUUUUUGUUUUAGUUCCUUUGAGUCAAAGUUGACUCAUUGCAACCACCUCAACUUGUUUUUGCAGUUUUCUUGGCACAUAGUUUUUCAGAAGUGAUUUGCCCUUACCUUCUUCCUAGCAGUGACUGGCCAAGAACAAUUAGCUGACUUAUGGUCCCCUGCUUUUUUAACCGGGGCUUUAGCCACUACACCAAACUGGCUCACAUUGGAAUACAUUUAUAGUUUUAUUGCAUUUUAAAAUGCACAAUAACUUCAUACUGGUAGAUAUGCAAUUGGGAACAUAUUGGUAUGUAUUCAUAAUGUAUAUUUUUGUAUUAUUGACAAGAGACAAUAAUUAAAGGUUGGUUACUGAUACCACAUAAAGUAGGAAGUUUUUUUCUCACAUUCCCUCAAGGUAGAACAAUCUCAAUAAUGUUUUAGUUAUCCCAUUCAGAAAUAUUCAAAUAUGAGAUUUCUCAAUCAUCUCCUGAUAUGAGACUCAAAUUACAUGUUGCCCUUUUGAUAAUGAAUGCACCUUUGAUGAUAUUCAUCUCUAAAGCAGAAGCUGGGUGAACUUUAGGAGCACAAAUACAUACAUAGUCAUGGAGAUUGUAUGCCAAAAAUGUGAAAUUUCUCUUUCUAACUCUCAAACAACCCAUUCUCUAUUUCAUGCAUCAACCAUGCAUACCGAUAUUGAAAGUGAAAAUGUCCCAUG